AGCAGCUGCGGCGGGGAAGUUGGCCUAGUAACGCGCCCAUUGCAUUGUGGGGCGUGUAGUCCGGAGGUGAACGAUUUCCUGUGUGCUGUAGUUAAGUGUAAAAGAUAGGCUAUGUACAGAGAAUGACACCGGGCACAGAGAUAAACAGACACUAGUAUUAUGCACACAGGCUGAGCACACAGACAGUAUUAUACAAACUCCUCUAUAGAUGAAUUGCCACAUUCAGCCAGGGAGUACAGGUACACAGGCUUCACACAGGGCAGGGGUGCAGGCUGGACAUGGAGGAAGUGGAUCGGAUCCUCAUUCACAGUUUGCGGACCUGUGGCACUGAUGUUCCAGAAGACGUACAGAGUGUGCGUCAGUUUAACACAGAGCUUAUUGUGGAGGCCGUGGUGAGAUGUCUCCGUGUAAUAAACCCCUCCAUAGGGGCAAGUCUCAGCCAUACACUACCCCCGGGUAUGUCGGCACGGUUCAGAAUAGGCACCAGUCUUGCACAGGCUUGCCAGGAUCUGGGAUACUCAGGUGAAAUCGGUUACCAGACAUUCCUUUACAGCAGCGAGCCUGAUAUCCGAGCACUUCUUAUUUUUCUUGCUGAGAAACUCCCGAGAGACUCCCAGGAGGACUCUCAUCAGCCAGCAGGUAAAUCGGCCGUCCUUCAAAGAGACAUCGCAGCCAAAAUAAAACAGCAACUUUCUCAACCCUGGGUGCCUCCAUCAUGUAGAACCCUCUCCGUACAAAGAUCUCAGAGCUUGUACCGGUUGCAUCGGUUUCAGUCUCAGGCUCUUUCUAUGGCUGGGGAUCCUUCAAUGAAAUCUGUCUCAAAUGAAAGAAAGGAGUAUUGGGUGAAAUACCUUCCCUUGAUCAACGUCCAACUGCCUAACGUCCCCUCUCUGGCUGCUUCCCUCCUGGAGAGGAACACAUCGGAGCUCAGUGCGGUGCAGGAAUGGGAGGCCGAAUGGAAGAGUCAGGGUUUGGCCUCUCGUUUAUCCGCAGAGGACUACCGAAGCAGAAAACGCCAGCGUCUACAAAAACGAAUACAGGACCAACUUCGCCAAUCCAGCCAACUCCUUGCAGAGAAUCAGACUCCGUCCUCUUCCUCGCAGGACCUCCUGGAAAUGCUGAGAGCUUUUAACGUGGAAACGGGAGCUGAUCACAACAAAGGGUCCAGAUUCACUCACGCCCAGAAAUUCACUCACCAGCAGGAUCCUCAAAGGCUGAGGGAGCAGAUGCAGAGGGCUUCAGAAAUUCUUCCGAAGAAAGACACACAGGAUGUGGACACAGAACAGCAGGAGUUAACAACUUUACAGCAACAAAUAGAUGUCAUCGAGAGGGAGAUCCAGGAACUCAGUGAGAGUACCAAACUUCUCCAGCUGACCCUGACUCAGGCGAGUAGGGAGGUGAGUGAGACCCGCCAGCAAUGCGAGGAGAAAGAGAAUGUCAUUAGACUGAAGAAAAGAGCGGUGGAAUUGCUACCUGACGCUGAUAACAACCUUGCCAAGUUACAGGCUCUGGUGGACGCUAGCGCUCUCCGCAUGGUGAACCUAGUAGGACAAUGGGAGACUCAUCGCGUUCGGCUGCUGGAUGAUUACCGAGAGCUGAGACGGGUUCACCAGGAGCGGGAGGAUGAAUCAUCGCGCUGGAUGAAAGAAGCAAAAGAUUUGUACGACAAGAUCCGGGGAGCCGCAGAUGAGGCAAAGCGAAAGGAAGAACUUUACAAGCAGCUGGUGUCAGAGUACGAGUCUCUCCCCAGAGAAGUUUCCCGAGCGGCAUACACCCAGCGCAUCUUGGAGAUUGUUAGCAACAUCAAGAAACAGAAGGAGGAGAUAACAAAGAUUCUAUCAGACACUAAAGAUUUACAGAAGGAGAUCAACAAUCUGACAGGGAAGGUUGAUCGGACCUUUGUGGUGACAGACGAGCUGGUGUUUAAGGACGCCAAGAAAGACGAGCCAGUCAGAAAGGCCUACAAGUAUUUGGCAGCUCUUCAUGAGAACUGCAGCCAGCUGAUCCAAACCAUAGAGGACACGGGGACCAUCCUAAGAGAGAUCCGUGAUCUGGAGGAGCAGAUAGAAACGGAGGCCACCAAGAAGACGCUAAACAAUCUGCAGAAGAUCUUGGAAGAUUAUAAGGCCAUUAAACAGGAGAACACACUUUUAUUGGGCCGUGUCAAGGACGUUUAGAAGGAAGGCACGUCUCAAAGCCCUGCCCUGGAUCUAUUUACAGCCAGAUCACCCAGAGCUCUAUUCUUUUAUGUACUGGCUGCAUAUCUGGCAUAAUACAGUACUCUCUACAUUCAUUUGUAACAAGAAAGGAAAGGACUAUAAUUCCUCACUAAAUAAAACACAUCUAGGCACA